AUGUUAGCCAGUUUGUUUGCGAAUAGAUUUGCAUUGUCUACAUCUAUUCUAAUGUACCUGACUCCGCGGCUGGGCUCGAUCUCUGCUUUCCGAGAACACGCCAGUCUAUCCGGGAUACACUGGGACAAAAUGGCGUCUUUGGAGCGCAACAAGAGCCACUUUCGGCUGCUCCAAAGAUUCAAACCUGACUACUCUGUUAACCAGUUCACUCAAUAUGAAUCAGAGAGAACGGGUAUGAGAGUUGUAGUCAUUGACCAGAAAGGGCCUAAGGUUUCCGGUUAUUUCGUGCUUGCAACAGAAAUUCAUGAUGACUCUGGAGCUCCACAUACGCUAGAGCACCUAUGCUUCAUGGGAUCGAGGAACUACCGUUAUAAGGGGUUUCUUGAUAAGCUCGCUACUAGAUCCUAUUCAAACACGAAUGCCUGGACAGCUACCGACCAUACAGCAUACACUCUCGAUACGGCCGGGUGGGAAGGGUUCUCUCAGAUCUUACCAGUGUAUCUCGAGCAUGUUAUCGCUCCAACGCUCACUGACUCUGGCUGCUACACUGAGGUACACCACAUCGACGGCACCGGGCACGAUGCCGGCGUUGUGUACUCGGAAAUGCAAGGUGUUCAGAAUACUCCUUCUGAACUGAUCGACUUACGAGCUCGGCGUUUGCUUUACCCGGAAGGUGUAGGUUUCCGAUACGAGACGGGUGGAAUGAUGGAACAGCUCCGUGUUCUUACCGCUGAGAGAAUCCGCGACUUCCAUCGGGAGAUGUAUCAGCCCAAGAACUUAUGUUUGAUCAUUACUGGUGAAGUGGAUCAUGAUAAUUUGUUGGAAACCUUGGACAAAUUCGAAUCCACCAUUCUCGAUGUGAUUCCAAGCCCCGACGCUCCUUUCAAACGGCCUUGGGUAGAAUCUCGCCAGGCUCCAGCGCUGGAGAAGUCCGUCGUAGAAACUGUGGAGUUCCCUGAAGAGGAUGAGUCCUUUGGCGAGAUUGAAAUCAGAUUUCUGGGACCGUCUUGCACGGAUCCAGUACAAGGCGGUGCCCUCAAUGUUGUGCUGCUCUAUCUUGCUGGUUCUUCGGCCACUAUUCUCGAGAAUGUGUUGGUCGAAAAAGAGCAAGUCGCGAGCGCUGUUUACUUUUCUACUGAAGAUCGCCCUAGAAUUGAGAUUCGGUUCACGUUGACCAGUGUGGAAACAGAAAAGCUUUCGCAGGUUGAGAGGAGAUUCUUUGAAGUUCUGCGUGAAGCUAUGGAGAAACCGCUAGAUAUGAAAUAUCUACGUGAGUGCAUUCAGCGCCAAAAGCGAAGCUGGAAAUUUUCCACAGAGAGCUCUGCCGUCCCCUUUGCAGAAUACGUUAUCUCUGAUUUCCUGUUCGGUAAGAGAGAUGGUUCGACAUUGCUUGACGUUGCAAGCCUGAAGGAGUACGAUGAGCUCGAAAAAUGGAGUGAGACGCAGUGGAAAGACUUCAUUAAGAAAUGGAUCUCUGAUGCCCACCAUGUGUCCAUACUCGGUGUCCCAUCCGCCAAGCUCGCGGAGAAGCUCAAGUCGGAUGAAGAGGCACGGGUCGCAGCACAGCGAGAAAAGUUUGGAGAGGAGGGACUGAAAAAGUUGGCCGAAAAGCUUGAAAAGGCCAAAGCCGAAAACGACAAGGAGAUCCCAAGGGAAAUGCUUGCCAAGUUCAAGGUGCCAGGGACAGAAUCAAUCCAUUUUGUUGAACCAACGACGGCAAGGUCCGGUGCUGCUCUGAAAGCGGGACGGCCGGAUCAUAAGCUACAGAAACUUGUGGAUGCAGAUGGAUCGGAUGCACCUCUAUUCAUUCAUUUCGAGCAUAUCGCCAGCAACUUCGCACAAAUUUCUCUCCUCAUUUCUGCUCAGGAGGUCCCGGUCCAACUUCGGCCCUUGUUGGUCGUAUACACCGAGGCUUUCUUCAAUCUUCCCAUCCAGCGUAAUGGCCAGACAAUUGCUUUUGAGCAAGUUGUCGUUGAGUUGGAACGCGACACUGUUGGAUAUUCAAUGGAGGGUGCACGAAGCCUGGGCAACUCGGAGAUGCUGCGCAUCACGCUCCAGGUUGAAGUGGAAAAGUAUGGCACUGCAGUUGCCUGGCUAAAGGAGCUCGCAUGGAAUUCCAUCUUUGACGUGGAGAGGCUCAAAGCUAUCACGACCAGGCUUCUAGCAGAUGUUCCUGAUUCAAAACGCAGUGGUGAUGACAUGCUCGCCGCUGUGUACGUCAUGGUACACUAUGCUCCUGAAUCUAUUGUCCGGGCCCGGAGCACACUGGUCAAGGGACGGUACUUGAAACGGAUUAAGCGACUUCUCGAAACCCAGCCGGAACUAGUGGUGUCGCGCAUGGAAGAAAUUCGGAAAUCGCUCUUCCGGUUCGAGAAUUUUCGUGUUCUUGUCAUUGCCGAUCUGGAGAAGCUCGAUCGGCCUGUGUCCUCAUGGCAGCCUUUUGUCGCUGUCCUGGAUACUAAUGUUCCACUUCAGCCUAUUACCAACCGACAAGCCGUGCUCAGUGAUGCUGGAAAGAAUCUGGGCAAGUUGUCGUAUGUGGUUCCGAUGCCGACGAUCGACUCAUCGUUUGCUUACGCUACGGCCACGGGUCUUGACUCCUACGAUCACCCCAAGUUACCCGCAUUGCUCGUUGCAAUCGCUUAUAUGAAUGCCGUGGAGGGUCCCCUCUGGGUUGCUGUUCGCGGAACUGGCCUGGCAUACGGUACUAACUUUGCUUAUAACAUUGAUCUUGGCACCGUUAACUACGACGUCUAUCGCUCUCCGAACGCCCACAAAGCAUUUGAGGCAAGCAAGAAAAUUGUUGAAGACCACCUUUCGGGCGCUGUUCCCUUCGAUCCAUUGAUGCUUGAGGGCGCCAUUAGCAGUAUCGUGGUCAGCUUUGCAAAUGAGCAGGCGACCAUCACCAAUGCCGCACAAGGCAGUUUCAUUCGCCAGGUGGUGCGAAAUCUACCGACCGAUUACAAGGAAAGAACACUGAAGAAAGUGAGGGAGAUCAGCGUUGACGAGGUCAAAGAGGCCUUGCGGGAUAUCAUUAUGCCUCUCUUUGACCCUGACAGAUCGAACCUCGUGGUGACUUGCGCACCCGUUCUCGAGGAGACAAUAAAGAAGGGCUUGGAAGAUUCGGGAUUCAAACCUGAAGUACAGCCACUGAAGCACUUCGAGGAUGACUACGGGUUGAAAGUAGGCGAUGAGGACGAGGAAGAAGAAUCCGAGGAGGAUGAAGAUUACGAGCUUGUCGAAGAUGAUGGUUCUGAUGUUGACGACAGUGAUGAUGAAUGA